CGGGGAAACAGCAGCUCCGCUCUCCGGGCAAGGGCGGGGGCAGCGGUGCUGGGCGGGGCCGGGCUCCGGUCUAGCGGCGCGGCUGCCGGGGCUUUGCAAGGCUCUGCGGGGCUGCGAGGUGCUCGGGCUCGCCGAGAGGCCGUGCGUGCUGAGCCGACCUCCGUGGCCACUGUGCUGCUCGCCCUGGGUGACGUCGCGCCCGGGUCCCCAGCAUGACCGAGCUACGGCAGAGGGCUCUCCGGGAGGACGCACCUCCGGAGGACAAGGAAUCAGAGUCAGAAGCAAAGAUAGAUGGAGAGACCGCAUCAGACAGCGAGAGCCGAGCGGAACCAGCUCCCCCGCCAACCUCCAUAGACGACACUCCCGAGGUCCUUAACAGGGCCCUUUCCAACUUGUCCUCAAGAUGGAAGAACUGGUGGGUGAGAGGCAUCCUGACUUUGGCCAUGAUUGCAUUUUUCUUCAUUAUCAUUUACCUGGGACCAAUGGUGUUGAUGAUGAUUGUUAUGUGUGUUCAGAUUAAGUGUUUCCAUGAGAUAAUUACUAUUGGCUACAAUGUAUACCACUCUUAUGACCUGCCCUGGUUCAGGACCCUCAGCUGGUACUUCCUCCUGUGUGUGAACUACUUCUUCUAUGGUGAGACGGUGACGGACUACUUCUUCACUCUGGUCCAGAGGGAGGAGCCUCUGAGGAUUCUCAGUAAAUACCACCGGUUCAUUUCCUUUACCCUCUAUCUGACAGGAUUCUGCAUGUUUGUACUGAGUCUAGUUAAGAAGCAUUAUCGACUGCAGUUCUACAUGUUUGGCUGGACCCAUGUGACCUUGCUUAUUGUCGUAACCCAGUCACAUCUUGUUAUCCAUAAUUUGUUUGAAGGAAUGAUAUGGUUUAUUGUCCCCAUCUCAUGCGUCAUCUGCAAUGAUAUCAUGGCCUAUAUGUUUGGCUUCUUCUUUGGUCGGACCCCACUCAUUAAGCUCUCGCCAAAGAAGACCUGGGAAGGCUUCAUUGGGGGCUUCUUUGCUACUGUGGUGUUUGGCCUUCUGCUCUCCUACGUGAUGUCAGGGUACAGAUGCUUCGUCUGUCCUGUGGAAUACAACAGUGACACCAACAGCUUCACUGUGGACUGUGAGCCAUCUGACUUAUUCCGCCUGCAGGAGUACAACAUUCCUGGCGUGGUCCAGUCGAUCGUAGGCUGGAAAACGGUGAGGAUGUACCCUUUCCAGAUCCACAGCAUUGCUCUCUCCACCUUUGCCUCGCUCAUUGGGCCAUUUGGAGGCUUCUUCGCAAGUGGAUUCAAACGAGCCUUUAAAAUCAAGGACUUUGCCAAUACCAUUCCUGGCCAUGGAGGCAUCAUGGACCGCUUUGACUGUCAGUACCUGAUGGCCACCUUUGUCAACGUGUACAUCGCCAGCUUUAUCAGGGGCCCAAACCCGAGCAAGCUGAUUCAGCAGUUUCUGACGUUGCGGCCGGAUCAGCAGCUCCACAUCUUCAACACCCUCAAGUCUCACCUGAUGGACAAGGGGGUUCUGACCUCUGCCUUGGAAGAUGAGUAGAGGCCACCCAGGGCCAGGAGAGCCGGAGCAGGACUGAGUGAGGGGCAGGUUGUCAAGGCACGCCCCACUGCUGUGACAUAGAUGAUGACAAGCUUCAACUCACUGUCUUCCCCCCUUUUUUAAUUUGUGUUUUGUUUUUUAAUCUGUAUAUACGGUCUGUUUAUAACGUAGGCUGUGAGUAAGCUAUAGCUUUGAGUUGCAGAGAAGUCACAGGGGCGAUCCAUUUGGGUUUCUUAAAUGUAAGUAUUGAACACCAGGGAGGACAGUGUUGCCUGGCUCAGGGUGUCUGCUUGGCAGUUCUAACCCCCACCCACCCAGUUGUUUCUGGGCUGUCUGAAGAUCACACAACCAUCCGUGUGUGACUCGCUGAGGGACUGUCCUACCUGGCCAGGGCUUCAGAGCCUCCACGCUUUUGCUCUACUUGACACCUUUUGUUGGGGCUUCUGCAGGCUUCUCUGCCUGGGAGCAGUGCAGGGCUGCCCUCUGAGGAGCCGAGGGGUGGGGCUUACUGAUCAAGAUGAGCGUCCUGUCCAAGCUGGCAUCCUGCAAAGGGCUCAUGAGCUUUGCUUGUAGUCUGCUUUCACAGUACAGAGUGAAAGAAGAUUUCAGAUGUUUUCUCUCUCAGAAAGCAUGAGGAAUUUAUGAAGUCUGAGAAAAGAGAUCCAUACUGUACUAUUUCAAGUGCUUGCAGUAGAAUGUGCUGUCGCAGCCCAUUCCCUGCCACUCAGGUGCCAGUGGCUUCUGGAGGGUGGUUCUGCAGGGCUGAGGCUGUCAUGUCUGGGCUGUGGGCUUGCUGCUACUGCUGCCGCCUUCUGGGGAGUCCGGAGACA